ACGUGUCAUCUUCCUGAAAUAUUGCUUUUUUGAGGUACUUUAUCUUCUCAAGCUUCUUCUUGUACGAAACUUCACAUCUCAAAGCUUUGCUACAAUGGAGGUUAGUGCGAAUGAACCAGCUACGAAAAGCUUGAAACCCUUUACUUCAGGACCGAUACCGAACUUUUUCGUAUCGCUCUCUUCGGCAUUUACGCAAACACCUCUUGUGCGUUCGAACAAACCCAAUUUGCUACUUCUACCACCAGUUGCGGACUCCGUCAAAUUGAUUCAAGACUUUCAUCGGUCUCUGGUCUCUGCUACUGAGAAAUUCUCAGGGUUCUUUCAUUCGCUCGCCUCUAAAAACCCUCUCUUUCAGGAAGCGGUUCGCUUGUCUUCCGAAUUUCGCGUUCUGUGCGACGAGAUUCGUUUGAGAAACACUACAAGGGUAAGGUUUGCCAUGUCUAAUCACGGAUUUGCCGCGGUUCUGCCUGGAGAUUCAGUUGCAGGAUUGGUGGUUGCUAAUGGGUUGAUAAAUUUCCUCAACAUAUAUAACACCAUCCUUGUUGUCCGUCUAGUACUCACCUGGUUCCCGAGUGCUCCUCCUGCCAUUGUUAACCCCCUCAGCACUUUAUGUGAUCCAUACUUGAACAUAUUCCGGGGAUUCAUACCGCCUCUUGGAGGAUUAGAUUUGUCUCCUAUUUUGGCGUUCCUUGUUCUCAACGCCUUCACCAGCUCGGCUAUGGCACUCCCUUGCGAGCUCCCGCCAGCUGAAGGAGCGGUUUCUCUAUCUUCUAGUGAGACAAAGUGGAUGAGAAGGAGAAGGUUGAGCAGCCACAAGGACCACAGACCGAGCUCAGCUUCUAUGAACUGAACCUGCUAAAAACUCCCCUCUUUUCUGCGCUUCAAAUGUAAAAUCUACCUUUCUAGUAAUUCUGCAUCUUUGGAUUUCUGAGUUUUUGUAUAAAUUUUCUCUAGAAAAUGAAUAAAAGAGUUGUGUUCCU